AUGACCAGAGAAAUUUCGGAGUACGUACGUUCCUGUAUUGAAUGCCAACGCUACAAAGUCAGUAAUCUGAAACCAGCAGGAUUGCUUCAAACACCUGUGAUGCAACGAAGAUUUGAGGUAAUAGCUGUGGACCUCUUUGAACCACUACCUGCCACAAAGAGGGAUAACCAUUGGAUACUGAUAAUCGAGGACACCGCUUCUAGGAUCAUCAGCGACAACGGGACUCAAUUCGUGGGAGGGGUGAUGCAGCAGGUCGCCCACUGCCUGGGAAUUCAGCAAACGUUCACCCCUGUCUAUCAUCCAGAGGCGAAUCCCGUGGAAAGGAAGAACCGAGACCUCAAGGUUCAGCUUGAGAUCUACGUCAGAGGUGACCACGCUGCAUGGGACGAGCAACUUCCCGCUAUUCGCUUUGCCAUGAAUUCGGCAAAAUGCGAAUCCACUGGGUAUUCGGCCGUAUACCUCACAUUUGGACGAGAAUUACGCACCCCAGACGACACCAAUCGUGACCUCAGACAGAUUGUCGAGGAGGAAAACUUCCUACCGGAGGUCACCCCAAAGCUGCUCGCAUUAGCUGAUACCUUGCGAGUAGCUCAUCAGACACAGGAGGAACGACAGAUCCGAUGGAAGCAGUAUGCAGAUCAACGACGACGCGAGGGAGUGUACCAACCAGGUGAUCUCGUUUGGGUUAACACCCACACAAUCAGCAGACGGGAGCAGCGGUACCCAUCGAAACUCGCACCGAGGAGGGAUAGACCGUACGUCGUAAAGCAGCGCAAAGGUGCCCGCAGUUACAAGCUGCAAACCGGCCAGAGAGGCCGAACCUGUGGUCAUCGGGCUGUAUCAUACUUCAGCACUGAGCCCUUAUACUGGAGAAUGGCCACCUGUGCCGGUGGUACCGAUCCGCAGACGAGGACGACCCCGAAAGAGGAAGGCGGAAGAAGAAGAAGCCGGACCUAG